AUGAUGUGUUGCAGAGAAGUGGUCACGCUCACUGACGCAAAGGUAGCCUGCCAGCCUAUUGGCAAGUAUAUUGACUACACCAGGCGAGUCACCAAGACGAAGGACGGGCACGAGGUGAGGUCCUGCAAAGUGGCGGACAAGACGGGCAGCAUCACCAUCUCCGUGUGGGACGAGAUCGGCGGCCUCAUCCAGCCGGGGGACAUCAUCCGCCUGACCAAAGGGUACGCAUCUCUGUGGAAAGGAUGCCUGACACUUUAUACAGGACGAGGGGGCGAGCUGCAUAAAAUUGGGGAGUUCUGCAUGGUAUACUCAGAAGUGCCAAACUUCAGUGAGCCCAACUCUGAACACGUCGGGCAGAACAAACUGGCACAGGGUGAACAGAAUAAUAGUUCUGCAUCAAGUAAUAUGGGUUCUUGUACUUUCGGGCCACUGGGAAAUGGCUUACAAACUGGACCUGAAUCAAGUGGAUUCCCAUUUACAUAUAAUCACGGCCACACUUAUGCAGGUAGUGGGAGAGGCAAUGGACGAGGACCUGUAAAUCCAGCACCAGCUAAUAGCAUUCAGCCUCUUCCUGCCGUCAGUAAUGGGAGGGACCCACGCAGAGCCUUUAAAAGAUGACUAUGCCAAAUGUGGUUGUACAGCUUGCUUAAACUCUACACUCUACUUGAACACUUAUUGCACUUUUAUUUAUAGUUAACUGUGAACCAGUUCGUCCUUUACCGUUGGUUUUUUACCUUUUGGUCUAUAGAGCAAA